UGACAUUUUGCCAGUCUUGUGUCCAACCAAAGUUCACAACUCUAACUCCCUAACUUCUAACUUUGGGAGGUGAUUAAGUCAUAACGGUGGAGCCUUCAUGAAUGGGACUAGAGACCUUCCAAAAGAGCUCCCUUGCCCACCCUUGCUCCCCCUGAACAUGAUGGAAAGAGGAACCAGGAAGUUUGUCUUCAGAAGACACCAGACCUGCCGGUGCCCUGAUCUUGGACAUUCCAGCCUCUAGAACUAAGCGGGAAAUACGUGUACAAGCCUGUGAUGGAUAAAACGUGUUGUCCUCAGUACACGAUAAGGUGCCAACCUUUACAGUUUCAGCCAUCAAAGUCUCACAAGAAGGUUUUGAAAAAAAUGUUGAAGUUUCUGGCUAAAGGGGAGAUUUCCAAAGGAAAUUGUGAGGAUGAGCCUAUGGAGCCCCUGACGGAGGAUGCUGUUGCUGGUGACGUGGCGUUAAUAAAUAAAUUGGAUAUACAGUGUGACCUUAAAAGGCUCGGUGAAAACCUCAAAGAGAGCUUAGCGAGGGAAGAGAAGAAAGGAAAAAGCGCAAAGAAAGAAGAAUCUAAUGAAUUAAUUCAGUCACAAGAUAAAAGGGCGAAGUUGGGCUCCGGCGAACCAUCCCCUUCCGUUGCAGUGCACACAGCUCCCAAGCCAGGCAAAGGGGCAGAUCUGAGUAAGCCCCCGUGUCGAAAAGCGAAGGAAAUCCGGAAAGAAAGGAAAAGGUUGAAACUCAUGCAGCAGAACCCCACUGGGGAGUGUGAGGGUGGCCAGGCGCAGCGGGAACCGCUGUCUUUGCUCCCACCGAAGGCGAAGUCCAACCAGCCCAAAUCACUUGAAGAUUUAAUUUUUGAACCUUUACCAGAGGAUGCAUCCCAUAAAUUAGAGGUGAGGCUGGUGAGAUCAUCUCCACCAAGUUCUCAGUUCAAAGCCACAAUGCCGGAGUCGUACCAGGUCUAUAAACGUUACCAGAUGGUUAUUCACAACCAACCACCUGAUAAACCAACUCUAAGCCAGGUGAGGUUAGUACCUGUCUCCUUUGAGGACCCAGAGUUCAAGUCGUCCUUCAGCCAGUCUCUUUCUUUAUAUGUCAAGUAUCAAAUGGCCAUACACCAGGACUCGCCUGAUGAAUGUGGAAAGACUGAGUUCACAAGAUUCCUUUGCAGCUCACCUUUGGAGGCAGAGAACCCCCCAGGUGGACCAGACUGCGGUUACGGCUCGUUUCACCAGCAGUACUGGCUUGACGGCAAGAUCAUCGCUGUGGGGGUGAUUGACAUCCUUCCAUACUGUGUGUCGUCUGUGUAUUUGUACUACGACCCUGAUUAUUCAUUUCUCUCCUUGGGGGUCUACUCUGCAUUACGAGAAAUUGCUUUCACUAAGCAACUUCAUGAAAAAACACCUCAACUCAGCUACUAUUAUAUGGGUUUCUACAUUCAUUCAUGUCCCAAGAUGAGAUACAAGGGUCAUUACAGACCUUCCGAUUUGUUGUGUCCCGAGACCUACGUGUGGGUGCCCAUCGAGCAGUGCCUGCCUGCACUCGAGAACUCCAAGUACUGCCGCUUCAACCAGGACCCCGAGGCAGUGGACGAAGGUCGCAGUAGGAAACCCGACCGUUUGCAAGUGUUUUACAAGAAAGCCAUAAUGCCGUACGGCGUAUAUAAGAAGCAACGGAGAGACCCCGGCGAGGAGGCCGCGGUGCUGCAGUACGCGAGCCUGGUGGGGCAGGCGUGUGCCGAGCGGAUGCUGCUGUUCAGGAACUGAGCCCGCACCUGCCUGGGGCUGGAGGCGGGCGCUGCGCCCAGGUGCAUUACUCGGGGGUGGGGGGGCCCGUGCCCACCCCAGGUCUGACGUUCUUGUUUUGACUAUUACGUGGCUUUCCUAAGCUGUUUGUGGUGAUGUAUUUGUGAGAAUCUCAUGGUUAAUAUAAAGAUUUUAAAAAUAUAUGACCUAGCCUCAUAAUUGGGGUUUAUCAUUUUGGAAGUUGGUUUUAUGAACAAGUUAUGGUAAACUUCCCUAUUGUUAAUAUUUUGAAAAGUAAAAUCAAUAUGUGCAUCUUAAACAAUUUAAAUUACAGUUGUGCUUUUUUAUUCUGUAAGAAAUCAGAACAGACUCUUUCCUCAGAUUCAUUGAAAACAUUAGUUUAUGUUAAACAAACAAACAAACCCUAAAUGUGCGGAAGAAGGGGGGGGGAGUCUUUUUCGUCACUUAGAAAAUGUCUUCUCAAGAGAACAAAGCUGUGCUGUUACUCAGCCUUCACAACUCAGUCGCUGCUGAAUGUGACGCAGCUUAAUAGAGAACUCGAGAAAAGGGCGUGCGAAUACUCCCAGCAGACGCCUCGAUGCUGGGUGCUUGCCUGUCCACCCCGGACGACCCUGUCCGCGCCGGCUGCCUUGGCCUGAUUUUUUUCCCCUAGGAAAAUUAUUACUAGUGCUCCCUUUACUCUCACAGUCUCCCAGUUUGGACAAUGAAAUAGAUAUUUGCUCAAGUUACCUAAUAUAUAAUUUGCUCUAUGUUAAAAAAAAUCUAAGAAAUGGAGUUUUUAAAGAAAAGUGUAGGCUCCUGCCCUCACCUAGGCCUCAUUCCUUGGAAAGCAGGACCCUUGUCUUUGGCUAUGGAUUAAGAAUUAGUUAAUAACCUGACUACAUACUUUUAUGGCUAGGCUGCAAGGCAUGUUCAGUUGAGGAGGAGCCAUUCUGACCUCUGUUCCAGGGAAAGAGGUGAAACUCCAUUUCUUGCCCUUGGAUUUGGGCAUCAUAGAGGAGGUGCUACCCUGGUCACUCGAAGCAGAGGCUGCCCUCUUGUCCUCUUGCCUUCUUUUGUUUGGCCCUUUGUCCAGGGAGCAAAUGUCCCUUGUCUGCCACUGUCAAGGCGGCAGGCGCUGUGCCGGGCAGAAGUUGCGGGGAGCUGGGCAGAGAUGGGGCACGGGCAGGCGGGUUCUUUUCCUGGGCACCUUCUCAGCCGAUCCCCGUCUCCCGCCGCCAGCUGCUCGGCCCCCAUUCGCCCAUUUGUCUCUUCCUCGUUGGUGGAUCUACUUGCAAACUACAUUAUAAAGCUCAGUAGUUCAAAUCUCACUACUGACUUAAAAUUUUUCUUCUAAAUGCACUGAAUAAAACAUUAUAAAAUAAUUCCAGCCAGUUAGAAUAAAAGGCAGGCUCAUAAAACACUGAUUUUAAAAGUCAACUGUCUAGAAGUUCAACAUCCAAAAGUGCAUUUAUUCAGACAGCUGCCACAUGCAAAAAUACUUGGGUAACUGGGGACAGAGUCGUCAGUAAAGGUAUUUUCUCUGAUAGCGUGAAGUUCACGUUCUUCUGGAAUUUUCUUCCUCAAAAUAAUCUCCCAAGAGCAUUUGAUCGAUUCUUAUUUGGAAUUACUUUCAGAAUCUGUAGAAAAUUUUUUCUUUCUCCCUCUAAAAUGAAAAUAGCUUAAUUUUUUGGCUUACAAAAAUGAUACUGUGAGCAAUUAAAAUAUUAAGAAAAAUAUAAAUAAGGAAGUAAAAAUAACGGGAAAUCCUACCAUACAAAAAAGAGUUGUCAUACGCACACACACACAAUAUAUAUAAUUUUAAUAUAAAUAGAAUCACGCUUUACCUGCUAUGUUUCCUCUCAGCAGUAAGCUGUGGACUCUGAACUUGGAAGAAGUUCCAAGCUAGGAUUUUAGGAGUGUUGUGCGUAACCUGGGCAUCGUCACAGCGAGGCUGGGUCUGGCCCUGGGGCCUGUGGCAAGGGGAGGGCCAGACUGGACUCCGCAGCUGGCUUCGUCUGCGUGCGUAGCAGGUAGAGUGGUAUUUACAGAGAUCGCAGCUCUUGAGGAGCAGAUGAAGAGAAAACCUGAAUCUUACACAAUGCUGGUUUCUGCCUGCGGAAUUCCACCUAGGGUUCCUUCAGAGGGGUCUGGGGACUGUGGUGCUGUCCCUGCGGGUGGCAUUUUGGUUGUCAUACUCAUGUGUUGGGGUUUUUUUUGUUUUUUGUUUUUUUUAGAACAGAUAGUGUAUUGAUCCUAAUAAGCAACGCUUCUUGAAAAGACACUUCACUUGUUCUUUUGAGUCAAGCCGAGUGCUGAUAGUGGGUCGAAGUAGGACAGUCAAGGACAGAGAGCUGGCCUUGUCAGCUGACAAGCAAUCUGGCUCAGAAAUCCGAUUUUAUGGUAAUAGCUUUCAUCUAAAGACGGACACAAGAACCUUUCAAGGACAGCUCUUAGCUUUUCAAAGCUGGAAGCUUUGCAUUUAUAAUCUUAGUGCUUAACCCCUUUCUGAUUUCAAAUAAAUUCAUACCUACCUUCCUGUCUUGGGACAAAAAUGUAAUAGAGAUUCUCCAUGCUACUAUCUUUAUUUAAAUUAUUUCAGUUCUGUUGAGAUUUUUGUUCUCUUAUUUUUAAAAAGUGUACUGUGCGCACUUAUUUUCUAAAAGAUAGAAGCUAUUAUCAGAUAAAUAUAUUAUUCAUUUAAUUAAAAUUAUGUUUGCUUUCAAACAGCUUAUCUUUUUAUCCAUUUUGCAAAAUAUCAGUUGUGUAUGGUUGCUUAACAUAUUGGGAUCUUUUAUGUAAAUGAACCUUUUCAGAUUUCUGAACAAUAUAUGGUCUGAUUUUAUAGGCUUUAUAUUAUUACUUUAGUAUGAAUAAAGAUGAGAAAGAAUAUGAUGGCCAGUUACCUAAACUGAAUCUGUUUCUUGCUAACUUUAAAGAAAAGAGGGAAAUAAAAUGAAUGUAAUUGGGCGAUGUUUAAAAUUAGAAGUUCAGAUGUGUUCUUUUCCAAAAGAAGACAGUAACUGUAAGACCAAACAAGUUUGAUUGCAUGUUAUAUUUUUUUGCUAUUGGAUAUGCUCUCUGAACAGUUCGCUGGAAAAUGCUUGAGCGGAAAAAAAAUAAAGCUGUUUCUAUCUGCAGUGGCU